AUGGAUAGUGCAGCCCAACAGACAAAGAGCGGGGAAUCCCCUUGCGAGAAAGUCUACGACGUAAUUGUUAUUGGAGCUGGAAUAUCAGGCAUUCAUGCCGCCUACCAAAUUCAGAGAGGUUUUCCCACAUGGGAUUAUACCGUCCUCGAAGGGCGGAAAUGUUUGGGUGGUACCUGGGAUCUCUUUCGUUACCCGGGUAUACGGUCAGAUUCGGACCUAUAUACUUUCGGGUUCCCAUGGUUCCCGUGGAGCGAGAAAAAAGCUUUUGCUCAAGGAGACGCCAUCAAGGAAUAUAUUACCAAGGCAGCAGCAUCUUUUGGGAUCGACGAGCAUAUACAGUUCGAAACCAAGGUUCAUAAGGUGGUCUGGUCUUCAGAUCAGCAUCGCUGGAGAGUCGAUACCAUAUCCACCGAUGGACAAUCAAUCAAGAGCAAAGCGGUCUUUGCGAGGUUCCUUAUAUUCGGCACGGGAUACUACAAUUAUGACCAACCACUGCAUGCGACAAUUCCUGGCAUUGAGCAGUUUCAAGGGCAACUUAUUCAUCCUCAGUUCUGGCCAGAGGACGUGGACUACUGCGACAAACGCAUCGCGGUUAUUGGGAGUGGAGCCACUGCAGUAACUCUGGUGCCCGAACUAGCCAAAAAGGCGCGUCUAGUCACAAUGGUGCAACGCAGUCCAGGCUAUAUUAUACCACGGCGGACAAUUGACGCGCUAGAAUCCGUCAUUCAAUUCGUCUUCAUAUGGAAAUUGGCACAAUCGCUCCUGCGUUGGAAAAAUAUUUUUGUUCAGCUUCUGUUCUAUCAGUUUUGCGUCACUUUUCCCAACGCUGCACGAGCAUGGCUAGCGAGAGAAACGGCCAAGAAUCUUCCCCCUCAAACACGUUUAACGCCCCACUUCAAGCCCAAAUACAAUCCCUGGGAACAAAGAUUGUGCGUAUGCCCUGAUGGUGAUUUCUUCGCUGUUUUCCGGGAAGGAAAGGCAGAUAUCCAAACGGGAAAUAUUACGAGCAUGUCUGGCAAAACUAUUCGUCUUGAUUCGGGUCAAGAGAUAUCAGCAGAUAUCAUAGUGACUGCGACGGGUUUGAAGGUUCAAUUCGCUGGGGGUAUCAAGAUAUACCUUGAUGACACGCUCAUAUCUCCUCAUGAAAAGUUCACUUGGAAUGGAAUCAUGGUCGAAGACUUGCCCAACUGCUGGUUUUUGAUUGGCUCCACUAAUUUAUCAUGGACACUGGGCAUUGAUAAUUCGAUGAAGCUAGCUUCUCGCGUCCUCGGUAGGGUUGUGGCGGGAAAUUUCACCGUUGUGGUACCAAAAAUCUCCCAGAAUGAGAUAGUUAAACAAAACCCGCUCAUAACUUUGAAGUCAACAUAUCUGAAGGUUGCAAAGAACGAGUUACCCAAGGCCGGCGACCGUGGACCUUGGGCUCCCCGAUCAAGCUACUACAAAGACUUCGUCAAUUGCUGUAUCGGAGAUUUUGAGGCAAGUCUGGAAUUCUCCUGA